AUGGAUGAUAUGACAGCACCACAGAAAAACGAUAUUUACCAAAGUGGAAUGCGCGAGAUUUGGUCUGCAAUUGUUGCUGCAGGGGGGAAUGCCAAGUUUACCAAACGCCGCGUCGUUAUCAAGUUUGAAGUCGUGUUUGAGCAACUUACCGUGACGGGCCGUGUCGCUGUGGUCAAUGUGGCGCUCGACGAGCUGUCCGUGCCGUUCGUCAUCACCGAAGCAGGAUGGGAUGGGAUUGCAGGGGUAGCUGAGCGUGGGGUGCGGCGAUCGGCCACGUCGAUCCAUCGCCGGUCGAACAACCCAGCUCAAACAGCGGACGAUUCAUUGGACUCCCUUUACGAGGAGCCUGGAGCAUACGCCGGUACGACGCGAAAGUCGUUUGGGUGCAGCGACGACAUCACUCUCCUGAUCGCAGUCAACGACGCCAAGCCCUGCGACCUCAAGGACAACCGACGGUUCAAAGUGGACAAAGACGGGCAAGGCUGCAAGACUCGUUUCAACAAGCUGGCAAAGGCAAACAAAGAGCGUUCAUUUUCCGCGAUGCGCCGAAGCGGAACGGACGAGGAAUUCAACGAAUGCGAGCAACUGUUGGGGGAUAUUUUGUCACAAGUCAACGACUUCGUAGAAAAAAAGGACGCCUAA